AUGUCGCAAGCUACAUUUGGCUCUUUGGGUCCGAGGCGUCUGGCGCUAGAUAGUGUGCAGGAAGUCAACCACAACACGAAGCUUUUGAGAUUUAAGUUACCCAAUGCUGGAGACCAUUCAGGACUGGCGUUGACUUCCUCGGUUUUGACGCUGUCCUGGCCGCAAGGCGGAUUCCUUCCCACAGUUCGACCAUACACGCCAGUCAGUCAUUCAGAUGAGCAAGGCCAUCUCGACCUCCUCGUCAAGCGCUACCCCCAAGGCAAGGGCUCCGGAUACCUGCACUCCUUGACCCCAGGGCAGACCCUAACCUUCAUGGCCGCGAUCCGCGGCUACGCCUGGAAGCCGAACCAGUACCCGCACAUCACCAUGAUCGCGGGCGGCGCUGGCAUAACGCCCAUGUACCAGCUGAUCCAAGGCAUCCUCAAGAACCCGGAAGACAAGACCAAGAUCACGCUCGUGUUCGGUAACAACUCGGACGAGGACAUUCUCCUGAAGAAGGAGCUCGAUGCGUUUGCUCGGCAGUAUCCUUCGCGCUUCGACGUCCACUACACCGUCAGUAACCCGGCUGAGGGCUCGCCGCAUCGCAAGGGCCAUGUUACGAAGGAGUUCCUGCAGGAGACGAUUGGAGACGCGCAUGGCAGGAAUACGAAGAUCUUCCUGUGCGGGCCGCCGGCGAUGGAGGCGGCGCUCGCGAAGUCGGGGGGUUUUAGCAGCAAGCAGGGCAGUGUCCUGGAGCAGCUCGGUUACACAAAGGACAUGGUUUACAAGUUCUAG